AUGGAGGCCAAAUUGGUCGCCCAGUGCAACAAGUGUCACCUCUUCUUCGAAGCUGCUGGUAUCAGUCAACACCGCUCCCGAUGUGGUGCCAAUCUGAAGCGAGCGACCGAGGCGUUGUUUCAUGCGGCUGGACACGACCUGCUUGAGAUUAUGCGUGGCGCUUGGCCCCAACAGUGUGUAGGGUCUCGCAUCAGUGUCUGCGAGCUGCUCAAGCUCGCCCGGCAUCCACUGAUGCAGCGCAGCCGCUACCCAUCCAACGCCACCGAGACCAAGCUGAUGGCUGCCACCUUGAGCCAGCUGUAUUGGUCUGCCGUCCACUCGGACUAUACCGCUGAAGAGCGAGAGAUGUGCUGGGCUUUGAUUUUGGCCUUGCCUAGCAUGUUGUUGUCUGCUCCCUCGACCGCACUGUCUACGAUUGACCUGCGCAAUAUGUUUCACGAUCGUCUCCGUUGGCUUGUGACGGGGCAACUAGGUCGGGUCGUGGACGCCAUGCGCAAGGCAGUCGCACGCAAGCAGAGCCGUCGAGGACAGCUGAACGCCGGCGCGGGCGCCCACCCGAACGACGCAGUCGACCAGAGCCUCAGGUCGCUCGUCCGCGACCCGGACCUGGCGGACGAAGCCUGGGCAAACCACGUCACGAACCGUCUGAACCGAGGUCAGAUUGCCAAAGCAUUUGAUGCCGACAAGGCUCGUGCCGUGAUUGGUAAUUCUGAGGUUCAGGCCGUGCGCGACCUCCUGUUGGGCGAUGACGAGGGUUGCCGAGUAGGCGCCCUCAAUGCGAAGGGUGUCGACGGCAGCAGUGAUGGAGGAGCGGUAGACAGGAAAGUCGUCGGCCGUGCGGAUGCGUUGGUCGCGAAGAGCCUGAGAGGCUUGGGUAAUGUCGUGACGAGUGGUCUGGAGGAAGAGGGCGCCCAUCUGUUUGAACCAGGCGCCCAAGACGAUGCGUUGGCGUGA